AUGUCAUCUUAUUUAUUAUACGAAAUUUUUGAGAAGAUAUUUUAUUAUUUAAGAAAUGAUACGGGAACAUUGUAUUCUUGUUUGUUGGUUAAAAGAUCAUGGUGUAGAAGCAUUGUUCCUAUCUUAUGGAGUAAUCCAUUCAAAUCGGUCAAACCAGGAAAGGCUGGAAAGCUGAUGGAAACCUAUUUAAAAUUUCUGCCAUGUGAACCGAACCAAAAUGCACAUUUGCUUUUGAGAAAUGGAAAGGAUUUAUUAUCUUUAUUGAGAGGAAAUUCAACCUUUAUAUUUGAUUAUCCGAUUUAUUUAAAAGUUUUGGAUUGUUUAGAACUAAACCGAGUUAUUAAGGAGUGGUCUAUUUUGAUCGUUCCACGGGAAAACUCUAGUUAUUCGGGUCAAUUGGAAUAUUGUUCGAGGUGGUUUUCAAAUAAAAUUAUAAAUUUUUUUAUCAAGAAAUGCGGGAGAAUCGAGACAAUGAUAUUAAUUUUAGAUGUUUAUCAUUUUUAUGGAAUACCCGCUGUUAAAAAUGUAGAAGAACUUGUUGGAUUUACUUCUCUUCGAACGCUACACCUUGACUAUUGUUGUGAUGGACAUGUAUUAAGUAAUGUUCGAGAUAACUAUCGUUCUAUUGAAGAAUUAUGGAUUUCAUUCAUAAAGACUGGCGUUAAUACAGACGCAUUGAUUAAGCUUAUUAAAUCUCAAAGGGGGUUAAAGGAUUUCAGACUUCGAAAUGCCAGCUUUAUCAUGGAGAAUUUCUUUGGAGUUUCUAAUGAUCUCUUGAAAGCUUUGAUGACGCAAAAGGAUACAUUGCAUACCGUUCAGUUCUUUAACUGUCAAUUUGUCGGAUGUAAAUCACUGGAACCUUUAGCUGAAUGUACAAAUAUUAGUCGAUUAGGUUUUUUUAAUUGUGAAGGAAUGAUUGGGGAAAAGAUUGUACCUUUGGCUGUAUCUCUUAAAAAAUUAAGUGUGUUGGCAUUGGCCAUAUAUGAAGGUUUUUCCGCCGAUGUAAUGAUCAACAUGAUCAGGAAUUCUCAAGAAAGCCUUAAAAGGAUUUCGUUUCCGUUGGCAACCUCGGAAAAUUAUGUAUCGAGAGUAUUUCGCGACAUGACACCUUAUUCGAUGAAUUUAAUUGGAAUCACAGUUUGUUUUCAACUUGGGGAUGAUGAAAGUUUCAGAUCUUUCUUAUCGCUUUUGGAUGCUUGCCCAAAUCUAGAAUAUUUAUGUCUUGAAGGGGGUGAUAAUGACGGAACCCCAUUGGAUUUUGAUGAUCCUUGCAUGAUUAUGGGAUUUGAAAGGUUGGCUAAGAUCAUGCCUCGUAAAGUUCAUCGAUUGUUACUUUAUAACGUUUCGGUAUCUCCUUUAUCAUUACAAUCAUUUCUUGAUAAUUGCGUUGCGAAAAUCAAAUAUUUGGGAUUAUAUGAAUGUCCAUCAUUUUUCGAUAAUCAUAUUUCUGUCAUCAUCGAAUACGCUCAGAAACAUAAUGAAAUGUUAAAGAAUUUAAUAAUUCAUCGGUGUCACCUUGUCAACAUAGAAGCGAUUCAUCUUGCAAUGGAAGUUAUUGAGAAAGUUCAAUGUAGUGAUCAGGAACCUCGAGACAUGGAAUUUACUACUUGGUUAGAAUUUUAA